UUCUUCGAUUAUUUUGAAAACUCAGUUGCAACAAAACUAGUACAUGCAAUGGCGUCAUACACCCUUCGACUUUGCGUGUUGACAUUAAACCGACGAAGCUAACACGUUAAUAAAUUGCGCUCGCGUCGUGUACUCGCGUUUGUUAUUUUCGAUAAAUAAAAAUAAUUUAAUUUAAUUUCAAAGUAUGAUCAACUUAUUAAUAAAUAUACUUACUUAUAUUUUUAUAUUCAUCGUAAUAUAACAAAAUCUAUAUUGAUUAUUUACUUGUUUUUAUACAAAAUCUGUGACUUAAAUUUACUAAAGAUGGCAGAAGAUUCUAAGGAUUUACCCGGAAAUACAGAAGAAGAUUUGAAGAUUUUUGAGACACUUUGCAUUUCAACAUCCGACAAGUAUGAUCAAGAGGAUAUGACGCAUGACGUCACCAUAAGUUUAAGAAGUGAAUUAGCAGCUCUGGAAUAUAAACGAGACCGACUUUCAUCAGAACUUCAAGAUAUGAAGACUACAUUGAGAUCACGGGACCAGAGGGUAACUGAAUUACAGAUGGAGGCCGAUCAAUUACGUGAACAAGCUGCCAGACAAAAUUCUAUUAUUUCUAGUUUGAAAAAACGAAUUCAAGAUUUAGAAGACAGAGAACGAAAUCUUUAUGCAACUCAUGGACGGAGUGAAAUAACGAUCCAGAGUUUGCAGCGUGAUGUCAAGUAUCAUGAAGAAAAAAAUCGAGAGUAUGAAAAAAAAAUUCGUCAAUUAGAACAUCAUCUUACUGAAGAAACAGAUUUGAAAGAACGCGCGCGCUUGAAUUUACAGGAUUUCGUUAGAAGACUGGCCCAUGCACUGAACAGUGAAUUUUGCGACAGUACACACCACAGCCCAGAAAUGGUAAUUCACAAAGCGGAGGAACUUGUUCAAGAAGUAAAUCGACUUCGCACUAAGAGUAUUAAUUUUGAGAGUCAAUUAACUAGUGUUGAAAAUGAAUCUAAAAGUUGCAGAGAUUUGUUAGAACGUUCUAAUAUUGAAAGAGAUCAAUUACAACGACAAGUUAGCACGCAAUCAGCUGAACUAGAACGACUUCGUCAGGAUAAAGAGUGCCUUGAAAUGCAGUACAGGGCCACUGAGAGAGAAUUAAAUGAACUCAGGGACAAAUUAGUAAAUGCUAAUAGAAAUCUCACUAGUAUUACGGGAAAUGUUUCGAGUCAAGAGACACUCAUUUGUCAGUUACGAGAUGACUUAAAAAAUCGAGAAGAAAAACUUUCACGGGUUCAAAAUGAAAUGCGUCAUCUUCUUGAAUCAUUAGCGAUACUUGUUAGUACUCCAAAUAGAUUCGUUGAGUCUCAUGAAAACUCAAUAAAAGAUAGAAUACGUGAAAUAAUUGCUGAAAAUAAAGAUCAUGUACUGAAAAUUAAUAGUUUAAAAGAAAAAUUAAAUGGUCUUUCUGACUCGGCGAACCGUCAAAGUGAAUUAUUAGAGUCAAGUAUGAUGAAAAUAAGAAAUCUUGAAGACGAUCGUGCGAAUUUAGAAGCAAAAGUUCAUAAAUUAGAGUCUGAUUUAACGAGUUGUGAGCUAACUAAAGAAUCAUUGAGACGGGAUAAACAUAGUUUUACAAUAUUUUUGGAACGUUUGGGCAAAGCCAUGCAAAUGGAUGACAUUUCCCAAGAAAUUGGUUUGGAUCUUCAAACAGAAGCUCUUUUAGUUCGAGCUGAACAAUUAGCUCGUCUUGAGACAGAUAAACUCGUCGAUAAGCUAGUCUACAACUACACAACAUUCCCCAGGAUACGACGGGAGCGGUCCUUCGAGCUUCCUUGUCUCAAAGAAACGUCAGUCGUUUAUCAGCUUCAAAGAAGAGUUAGAACUUUACGCGAACAAUUACAAAGGCGGGAUUUACACUUGGAUUUGUUGCGUAGAAAACUUUCAUUACAAGAAGAUGGCGUUAGAAUAAAAUCUAUGUUACAAGCGGAAAGAGAUGACGCUAAUUUACGAGCUAAAAAAGCAAUGAAACAAAUCGAUCGACUACAGAUCCAAUUAGCCGAAGAAAAAUCUCGUAAUCGUGAACUGAGCGCUCAGUUAACUGAAGCCGCUGAUUACAAGAUUGCGGCGUUAGAGCGCAGUCGUAAAAUAGAAGAACUACAAAAGCGUCUAGUGGAGAGUGAAAUGUUGAGAACCCGUUACAGUAGAAAAUUAACGAUGCUGAAAGAUCAAAUGCGAACAAUAACAGAGAGUGCUGAUCAAGAAAGAUCUAUUAAUGAUCAUUCAUUACAAUUACUACGUGAUGAAUUGGCUCAGGUUAAACAAAAUUUAUCAGAGGUCACACGAAGAGAAUCACAGUUACAGAGUUUCCGAGUUUCUGUUGUUAAAUUACUCUCGGAGCCUAUUUGUACCCCAGAUUAUGAAAUUGUUUCACGUUUACAAAAAAUAGUAUCAGCACAUCGUGAUUUCACAAUGUUAUCUCGUAGAUAUGAUGAGCCGUUGGAGACUAGUCCGUCCCGGUGUACAAGUAUUCAUCCAGUUCAUUCAGUUCACCCACCACGUUCACCUGGAUCACGUUGUACGCGUUACGACGACAGUGGUUUUGCUGACCCACCAGAUCUUCAUGAAAUUGAUGAUGAGUACAAGCGACCUGUAAGAAGCAGUUUGUUGCCUUGACCCCGGGCUAAAUUUCACUGUUAAUUAUAAGUCAUAAUAUUAUUGUACGCAUUAAUUUAAAUUUAAGUUCAAGGUCAAUAAUAUUUCACGUUAUGAGUCAAAAAUAAUUAAAAUAAAAUAUUUUUAAAAACAAGUAAAUUUAAUACUUACGGUUUUAAUUCUAUCAAUUUAUGAUGUAAAAUAUAUCAGUAUUCAGUAUUGAUAAAAAAGAAAGUCUUAGUGAAAUUUAAUGUAAAAAAAAUAUUGAAUACAGGUUACCGGUUUCAAGUGCAAUAAAUCUUUUUAAUUUA